CUGGAGCGGAGCGGGGGACGUCGGACCGUGCUGCAGGAGAGGAGCUCAGCUCUGAUCUCGCGUAUGCUGAGCAGGGGCAGCGGAGCACAUGGAUUUCUAAACACGUUGGGAUUUUAUAGAUCUACAAAAAAAACCAAGAAGCCAACCUGACCCUACUGAAAACAGUCAAAUGAAUCGUAAUUGCAGAUCAAUGCAGAGAGAUGGGGAAACUUCACUCGAAACAUGCUGCCGUUUGUAAACCCCGAGAAAGUCCAGAAGGUGAUAGUUUUGCGGUGAACGCCUCUCUGGCUCGCAGAGGGCUGGAGGACUGGAUGGUGAAGCAGAAAUACUCCGGGGGCAGCAGCAGCAGCGGAGGCAGCAGCUCGGGACUCCAGCAAGGCUGCCAGCACCGGGCUGUGUGCAGGCUCUCCAGCUCCAGGGAUUUAUCUGGGGAAGGCUACAGAGAUGCUAUUGGUGAUGAACACUUUCAUCUAGAAGUGGCUUUGCCUCCAGAGAAGACAGACGGAGUUUGCAGUGGAGAUGAAAAGAAAGUAGAAAAAGAAAGUGACACACACACAGGUUCCAAGAAGCAACUGAAAUUUGAAGAAUUGCAAUGUGAUGUGUCUGUAGAGGAAGAUAACAGGCAAGAAUGGACCUUCACACUGUAUGACUUUGAUAACAACGGAAGAGUCACACGCGAGGAUAUUACCAGCUUGCUUCAUACCAUCUAUGAAGUAGUUGAUGCAUCAGUAAAUCAUUCUCCUAGUUCCAGCAAAACUCUGCGAGUGAAACUUACUGUGGCACCAGAUGGCAGCCAGAAGAAAAAGAGUAUCUUGUUAAAUCAUGCUGAUUUGCAGAGUGCCAGGCAUAGAGCUGAAAGUAAAGUUAACGAAGAAGUAAGAAGCUCUGAGAAGAAGCAGCGGGCUUCUCUCAGAUAUCAGCAGAGUGAGAACAAUCCAGAGCAAAGUGGGUGCUAUCGUCAUUGUGUUGAUGAGAACAUUGAAAGGAGAAACCACUAUUUGGAUCUUGCAGGAAUAGAAAACUACACAUCAAAGUUUGGGCCAGGAUCUCCUCCAGCAGCUCAAAAACAUGACCCGCCAUGCAGAGUUGUGAAUCAGACUAGAUCCCGUUCUCAUGAACCUGAAACCUUCCAUGCGCACCAUAGGAAAUCUCAAGUGGUGGAUCCAAGCCACAUCAAUCUGUCUGAAAGUUCAUAUGCCAAGAUUGCAGAAAUCCAACAGAGGCUGCGAAACCAGGACUCCAGCAAGCACUUUGUGAGGUCUCCCAAGGCCCAGGGCAAAAACAUUGCCCCUCUGCAUCCUGGUAGGGCAGUUAGAAAUAAAACUUUUCAAGGGGCACCCAUGCCAAUGGCUUCCCCUAGUGCAAGGGUGGGCCAGAAUCUUCCUUACCUCCCCUUGCAGUCUCAACAGGUUCACAAGAAGCAUAAGCAGAGGGCAAAGGAGAAUCACCAAAUGUGCAAAACCUUCCAUUCUCCAGGGACAGUUGUGGAAAAGGAACAUGUGAGAGACCUACCUACAGUCAUUUUAUAUGAAGGCCAAGUUGGACAGAUGAUACAAAGACAUGAACACCACCACCACCACGAGCACCACCAUCACUACCAUCACUUCUACCAGACAUAGAAGAGAUCCCACCAAUAUCCUCCAAGAAUCAUCCCAUAUGAAGGAAAUGUGUUCUUGUGAUACCAGAACUAAGGCAUUACUAUGAUUAAUAUUAUUGUUACUCCAUUAAUAUUCAGCUAGCAUAUAUUUUAGAGGUUAUACAGAACUCCUGAAACUUACCCUAUUUAUAUGUUGUGGAAUGGCAGAGCUUACUUAAACACCUUGUGGGUUUAUAUUUUUUUUAAGUGGCUGUAAAACAGCAAACAGCCAUAGCUUUUUGAGCUGUGAUUUAAUGCAGGUCAUCAACGCACUUCUUUAAAAGUACUACUUCCAUUGUAGUAGGAAAGAUACUUCAAAUAUUCUUGCAGACAUCUAGCUUACCACUCUGCUGUAUGUCGGCUGAUCGCACACAAGCCUUCUAUCAGGGGAGCAAUGUUCGAAGGGUUGGACUCCAGAGAUACUCGGAAUAAUGGAAAAUACAAACAGCUGCUACCUCUAGUAUUAUUCAGAUUUUAUUUUCUUUUUAUUGAUUGUAAUGUGCUACAGAAGGGGAAUUUAAUAUACUGCGUUUGUGUAGCCUGUUUGUGUUCACAUCCUUUCAAAUUAUCUUAAUAAUUACAAGGAAAUAUUAGCUAUACUUGUCAACAGAGCUACAUUUGUACGACUUACACUUUAUUUUCUUGGAGAUUCUUCACUGACACAAAUAUAGUCUGUUAUAUAUUGGGUGAUAUUUAAAUAUACUUCUUUUUUUUUCUUUUUUUUUCUCUUGCUUACUCUCCAUUCUGUUUGGAGUAACUGUUUGAAAAGAGGAGGAUGUGAAAUGGUUUUUUUUCAAAAGCAUCACUAAACUUUAGUGCUUGGGCCAUAAGUACAGUUCUUGGGGGUCUGAGAAGGAGAGAGGUUGCUUAGGGUUUUGUUUUGUUUAAAUCCACAGUUCUUUGUUUUGAGAAAGAAUUGAGGAAAAUAUACUUUCUCACUUUAAAUGUUGGCAAAUAUAUAUAAAGUAUAAAUAUAAAUAUAUAUAUAUAUAAAUAUGCACACUCUCAGGUACAUUUUGUUGUGUUUUAGAAAUCUGUGGUUUGAGAAUUAACAUUUUUUUUUUCCCACAACAGUGACUUUUUAGAAGCAUAUGCCAUGGCAUUUUCUUAGGUGGUUCCAAUUUAAAUUUCCCCAGCACCUACCAAUUUCUGAGACAAUUCAAUAUGUAAAAAACCAUCGUUCACAGUCAUUCUGGCCUCUUUUACUUUUUCCAUAUUGUAGGGCUUUCAUUCCAUGAAGGAGAAUGAGACCAUACUCACAAGACCUUACUGGCUGCUGAGAAAUAUGAAAGGUCAAAAGUAAACCAGAAAAAUGAAAAAAAGGGUCAGUAGUUCUAGUUUCAGGUCAAGUUCUAGUUUCUAUGGGGCCCACAUCUGUAAUACAUUCAGUUGUGUUUUGUACAGCUCACCAUUUUGCAGGUAGAAAGUGACUGAAAAACACCUAUGUUGGAACAUUAGAGAACUCCUGACAUCAAAAUAUAAUUGUUCUAUAAAAGUAUUUGCUUUUGGUUUUAAUUAUUUAAAGUGUUGUGGUAUUUUGUCUAUAGUAUAUAUUGUAAAAUCUAAUUAUCCCACAUUGUCAUAAGCCCUUUAUGAUUAGGUUAUAUUUUUCUGACUAGAGCUUUGAUCAGUUCAAAAUGGGAUACUACCCCAUUACUGCUGACUAGUUUUAGAGGACUGUUGUCCUUUCUAAGAACAUGGAGACAUCAACCUUGAAAGAAAAAUUUAAAGCCUUGCCUUCUUGUGGAAUUGGAAUAGAAUCACUGCUUUGUGGUAAUUAGGUCCAUCUCUUGUCUCUCUGGAUCAGCAGUUGUUUAGACUUAUUGUCCUCUUUAAAAAAUGUGGUUUAUUUUAUUCAUUUUUUUUUUUGCUGUCAGCAAUGUGUUCUGUUAAAUCUAACAAACUAGUUUUAAAAUGUGUUUGAUCUGUGUGACAACUAUACUGUUCUGUUUAUUUUUAAAAUUCCUAAAGUCCAAAAAUAUUUACAUGCAGAAUUUUCUGUACUGAAAAUAUGAAAAGGCCACAAAUUUGGUUAGUUACCACUGAGUUGUUCUAUUCUAAGCCUUUUUGCUGCUUGUGUAUCAUUCUUUUUCAAUGUAUAUAUAAUUAUGGACUGAAAAAAAAAGACGGCAUUUAUAUGUCUAGUAGAAGGAAUAAGCUUAUUUAUAUUAUAGUGUUAACAAAGUCUGAUGUAUUCAAGUAACUUACAUUAUACCGCAUGCAAAACACAAAAGUGUACAUUCCAUCUAAGAAGGGAUGCCAUGCUAUUUGUUUUGAAGCUGUAAUUAAAGCUGUUCUCUUUUCAGGGGAGCACCUGCCAGAGAAACUGGGAGGUGGGAAUUAUUCCUUAGUCAAUAUUUUUUAACACAGAUUGUUGCCGAAAGCCGGAAAAUGUUCUGGAAAACAAGAGUGCUUUCAGAACUGUGUGUUAUUCUAAAAAGGGGCAACAGAGGGGGAUAAAACUUUCACCCAAAGAUAUUUUGCUGGAAAAGAUAACAGCACAAACAACAAAAUCCUAUCUGAUUGAAAAGCAUUCAGUACUGGUUUUACCAAGUCAACUCUGAAGUGUAACACAGCUGACCAUUGGUAAUAACCUUGCAUUGAUUUGUUUUGGUUUCUUGUAUUUGGGGAUUCAACAUACAAAUUUACCUUGCUCAGAUUCUGUGAAAGACAAAUGCAUUUUAAUAACGUGGCAUCCCCAUGCUAAAACUUUACACCAGCCAUCUAUGGACAUACAGUAUCUACAUACUGUGUUGCAGUUGUGUUACGUGUACUAAGUGUGAAUAACAUGUAGCACAGCUUCUUUUCACAGAAUCUUAAAUUUCUGUAUCUUUUAAAAAUGUUUGCUUUUCAGUAUUUUGUAUAGUAAAUAUAGAUGGUUUUGACUAAAUGCUUUAUUUAUUUAACAGCAAAAACUGUGCCAAGAGAACUCCUGGAUAAUUAAAGUUUUGCUAGUUCAGAAAGCAGAUUUCCUUCUUUGGAUUUCAGGGGCUUAUUGCAAUUGCUGUCAGUGGUUGCAUAUCCCACUGAUGAAAGAGCUUGCAUUAACAUGUUUGGGAACAGGAUCAGGCCAUAAGGUAUGGACUGGGGAUGCUUUGGUUUUAUAUUUAAACUAUCAAAUUUCAAAGUUAAAUUUCGUGUCCCUUACUGUUAGACCUGUGUUGAAUAACUGAUUUUUCAUCUUGUUUUUAAAUCUGAAAACCAUUUAAAAUAUAUAUGUAUAUAUUUCUUUAAGUUGCUCAAAACUGUGGCUGAAUCUGAAUUUAAAAUAGAUUAGUUUCUGGAUAAACAAAAAAUAGCAUUUCUGAGUAAAAAAAGAAAUUAUUAUUAUUUAAAAGUAACAUGGAGUAACAUAAAGUAAUUCCAAAUAAAAACUCUAGUUUUUCCACUUACUACUUCUGUUUUUACGGAAAAGCAAUCCAGCAAAACAAAGUGAAUCCCAAAAUUUGCACUACUUGCUGAAAAAAAAAAUCAGUGGAAAAAUUUUGCUCACCUUUACCAGCUGCAAUUUUUGGGAAGCCAGGUUUAUUUUUAAACGAAGUUUGAUAAGCUCAUCUCACAACUUCAUGACCAGCUUACACAAAGUAAACUAAGCUAGCGUAAUGAAGUAAAAUCUUUGUCCUAGUGAAAUCUUUGGAAGACUGCCAGAUUCCCACUGGCUUCAGUGUGCCUAUAAUUUCAUUCCAGGAAUGUGGGUUUGAAGUCUACAUAAUGUGCAGACAGUGAUUUCAGUAUUUAUUUCUUAUGCAUUUUACUGCUGAUGGUUUUGUAGUAGCUAAUAUUAAAUGGAAAUUUUACUGUAAGAGAUCAAGCUGGUAAGUUAAUGAAGAUCAGCAGCAAAUAUUGUGCUUUAUACUGAUGUCACUGGAGGUCCUCAAGGCACUUCCAGAUGUUUUUGAAACAUCCACAUGUUCUUUAGUUACUAUUAGAUAUGAAUACCCAGUUCUGCCCUCUGAUGAAGUACCAGUUCUCCUGGCAUGUUGGCAGACCAGCCUCUUAAGUCCACACCAAAUUAAAAAGCCAAAUACAUGACUGCUAUAACUGCCUUCCUACUGUAGUCAUCGUAAGCACAGAACAGCAAAGUAUAGCUGGAGUACUUUAAAGGUGUAUAUGUGUGUGUAUAUAUAUAUGUGUGUAUAUAUAUAUAUAUAUAUAUAUAUACAUAUGUGUGUCGUCUAGCAGAAGUUAGUGAAUGGCACAAGGUGGAUUCUGACAGAGAUGAUCUUUUGUAAAGGGAUAAGUACUGUGUAUGUUCAACAGUCUACAAGUUGCCACAUAAAUAUACAGAUACGACAAAUGCUUACUGUUCUCCAUAUCAUUGUGUAACUCAAUUAUUGAAUGACAGAUUUCAUUUGUGUUCCAAUUAGCAGAAAGUUAGGCCCUCUGUGGCCAAGACUAUACUCAGCAAAAUUCAUCAUGCUAAAAUAUUUGCAAAACAUUCACCAUGUUUUUUGCCUGGAGUACAGGCAAGAAUGUUCAUGUUUGGAAACGUGUCAGCUGAGCAAAUCUCAACUUUAAUUACCUUGAUGCAAUUCAUCAAGAUCUGAAAAUAUGUUUUCAAACAUGACUUAUUCAUGGUUUUCCUGGGAACCAAGUCAUAUUCAGCAUCCUGUUAGUUGUCAGGCUCCCUUUUUUUUUUUU